AUGUUCUCCAAGAACCGCUUCAAUGGACAACACGGAACAGCCGUUGCACCCAAAGGGGACAUCAAGGAACGGGUUCGCAAAAAGAGGGCCCCCAACCCCAGGGUAGCGCUUGUCAUUCGGGAGAAGAUCCACCGCCUGCUCCAAGGAUCCGGCCAGGAACUACCCGCCCCAGACCUUUACUAUGCUGGGAUCGAGGAGGAGGGCGGAGGAGAGGGACAGGAGAAGAGAAAGGAGGCCACAAAUAUUUUUGCGAGGUGUGGGCCCAGAGAGGAAGUUUGCUCCUCGAGGAUCCCCAACUGUAAGGCACAUGGAGGGGUGUCUGGGGCUUCCUGCAUUGGGGAGGUGGAGCUGAACAGAGAGGGCUGUGUCAGGAUCCCUUGCACUCUGCAGCACAACAGCAGCAGCCAAUCUCCAGGGAAGCAGAAAUUGAGUAUCCCAGAGGGGAUUAGGACUGUCCCGGAAAAGAGACGAACACCCAAACACCAGAAAUGGAUAAUCCCGGCAGGUAUCCGGACCAUUCCAGAACAGAGAAGAAAAGCCCGACACCAGAACCGGAUUAGCCCAAACAGGAACAGCUCAAGGUUUGCCGCAGUGGCAGGGGCAGCAGGAGGGAAGGCUGACUUCGAGGAGGUGUCUUCCUGUGUGGAUGCUGUGCUCCUGGAGAUAGAGGGCAUUCGCUCAGGAAACAAGACUAGUGGCAGACCAGGAGAUGAGGCUUGGUCUGGGGCAGCAGGAGGCAGUGACGGAUCCUCCUUCACCCCUCACCAGAGGCCUGUCAGUGCUUACGGCAGUUUAGGUAGGCAGAUGGUGCCUUCAGAUUCCAAUGUCUGCCGACCGUCCGUCUUCAGCCAACGCCACAGCAUCCACGGGACGCCAGUGGAGUUCCACUUGCCAACGUCAGAAGAGAAGUCUACCACAGUCUCGCCAGGCACCGAAUUAGUGGAGCCUGACGGCCAGCAGCAGGAGGAUGAUGAGCUGUUGAAACACAGCCUCCCAGAGCCCACCAUGGUCAGGAAACUGAGCUGUGGCUUCCUGGACCGGCAGGACGACCAGGACUUCCCCAGCACCAGCUCCCUAUCCUCGGGACACAGCAUCAAUUCAGAGUCCGACCUUGAGAGACCCUCAUCCAGCCCCGGUGCAGGGCGUGGUGGUGCUAGAGGUGGUAGUAGGGGUGGUGGGGUGGAGAGCUGGGGUGGUGGCCGACAAAAUGGUGGGACUGGGAAGACUAUAUGGUGUGAAGAACAAUGUUAUUCCAGACAGAGGAGUCUGGAAGAGCAGGAAGGAGAGGGGCCUGCCUGUUUGGAGGGGACAGGGAGCUGGGAUCGGUAUGGGGGCUCAGAGGGGUAUAGUACUGGUACACUGGGCCAGUCCUCCACAGGAAGCUCAGACCUCCACUCUCUCCACUCCUCUGGACUACACUACAACUCCCCCGCCAGCACUUCCAGUCGUGAGGAGUGGCGCUGCCAUAGACGGAGGCUGCAACAACAGCAUGGGACCCAAGUUCCUACAGACACCCACUCAGAGUACCCCAGCCUGGGAUACGAGGGUGCUGCUGAUUGCUCAUUUCCCCAGAGCUCUGGUUACCACCCAAUGGAAGAACAUACUGAAGAGGUGGAGAGCUAUGGCUACACAGCUCCCCCCACAGAUCUCAGCUACACAACUGACUGCCAAGUAGAUAGUUACCUGGAGAACUAUUCUGGCCAUGAGCACGACAUGACUGAAGAGUUUACAGAGGUGACCUGUACCUGGGCUGUGAACUCCUUACUGAGACACCCCACUGUGGCUGAAACAGACAUGCCAUUGGUCAGUACAGAUGAAGGAGUUAUGCCAGGGCAGCUCCCGCGCCCUAACAGCGCAGAGAUCCAAAACGUUGGUUUUAACGUGAAGCGGAUCGGGCGAGUCGUGCUGGACUUCAGCUCCGCCCUGCGGGAGGCACUACGCAGGUUGGAAGGACCCGGAACUGACAAGAGUCCUGGAGAUGAGACUGAGCCCACAAGCUUUUUGGUGGAGUCUCAAACAAACCUACCCCACGCAGAUAUGUCCCAAACGUCACAAGAGGAUGGGUUGGACCCAGGGGGCUUGGACAACACAGAGAGACUAACCCAGACCUGUGUCCUCUCAUCUGCUCCCUCAGACCCCUGCCCAGGUGAAACCCUGCCAGAGGAGGUCAGCGACGGCCUCCAACAGGCUCAGGAUGACCCUUACGGACCUUCUCUCCUUCCUUACUCCGGACAGGCCGUUUCCCAAACAGGCCUAGACUUUGCUUCACUUGGCCCAGAGCCUAUGUUCUCCCCACCCAAUGCAGAGGCAGAAGAAAAAGGAGACUCUCCUCUGCCUCAGGGCCCAACACACACCCCCACUCGGAACAUCUCUCUAUCGCAAUGCACCACUGUAGAGUCCCUCUCAGUCACCUUCUCGGCUGAGGAGCCGGCACCCCAGGAGGAGCAGGGAGACGAACCCCCACCCCUGUCGCUGCCACAGCCCGACACAGAAGACCCAGAAGUCCCAGAUACGCCUGCAGCCCCAGAAGGCGAGGCAGCAAGAGAUGCAGCGGGAAAGGCAGAGAGAGCAGAGGAGCACACCCUGGAGAUAAGCCAGCGGGAGGUGCGGAGGCUGAAGUGCCUGAGAACCUUCCAGCAGAUCCUGCGGGAGAAGAGGGAGUCACGGCGUCAGCCUCCCAGCAUGACCAUGUCCACCUUCAAGGAGGACAACCUCAUCCCAGUGGCUAAACCUCUGACCUUUGACCUCUAUUACAGGGCCGAGACAGAGAUGGAGAGCCCAGCAAGCAUCCGUGGGCCAAGCCUGCGUCAUGGCGCCACGCCCUUUGGGAUCGACAGUAUGCCUGACCUCCGUAAAAAACAGCCUAUCCCCCUAGUCAGCGAGCUGUCCAUGUUGCAGGCCAGGAAGGCAGGGCUCUCUGUGGCUACAAAUACAUCCAUCAACGACCAUGAGCUGAAGAGCCACGUUUAUAAGAAAACCCUGCAGGCUAUGAUCUACCCCGUCUCCUGCACAACGCCCCAUGCCUUCCAAGUGUGGACCGCCUCCACACCCACCUACUGCUAUGAGUGUGAGGGGCUGCUGUGGGGCAUCGCCCGCCAGGGCAUGAGGUGUGCUGAGUGUGGGGUCAAAGUUCACGAGAAGUGCCAGGAGCUGCUCAACGCUGACUGUCUGCAGAGGGCGGCUGAGAAGAGCUCUAAGACAGGAGCAGAGGACCGGACGCAGCACAUCAUCACAGCUAUGAAGGAUAGGAUGAAGAUCAGGGAGAGGAACAAGCCGGAGAUCUUUGAGGAGAUCAGGGCUGUGUUCGCCGUCACUAAGCUGCUCCAUGCACAGCAGAUGAAGACUAUUAAACAGAACGUGUUAGACGGAACCUCCAAGUGGUCUGCCAAGAUCACUAUCACCAUUGUCAGUGCUCAGGGUCUCCAGGCUAAAGACAGGACGGCCAUGGCCCCACGGACCACCAGGGGGAAGACCAAGAAGAGAACAAAGACCACUAGGAAACCCAACCGCGGAGGAGACGUCACGAAGACUUCCCCCCCUCACCCUCGCCACCCCUCCACCCCCUCCCCGACACUCCUCACCUCCCGACCCCCCCACCCCCCCCCCUCUCACCCCCCGCUCACCCCCCCCCCUAAAUCCCCCCUCCCUACCCCACUCACCCCUCCAAGCCCCCGCUCCUCACCCCUCCCGCGUCCUGAGUGCCACAACACGUCGGACCGUAUCAAGCUGCGUGUUUGGGACGAGGAUGAUGACAUUAAGUCCAGGGUGAAACAGCGUCUCAAGAGAGAGUCAGAUGACUUCCUGGGUCAGAGCAUCAUUGAGGUCAGAACCCUCAGCGGAGAGAUGGACGUCUGGUACAACCUGGAGAAGAGGACUGAUAAAUCAGCAGUGUCUGGGGCCAUCAGGUUACAGAUCAGUGUGGAGAUUGAAGGGGAGGAGAAAGUAGCAUCGUACCACGCUCAGUACACCAGCCUGCAUGAGAACCUGUUCCAUUACUCUACUGACGUGGUGGGUCAGGGGGUAGUGAAGAUGCCUGUAGCCUAUGGAGAUGAUGCAUGGAAGGUCUACUUUGACGAGGUGCAUCAGGAUAUCGUGGACGAAUUCGCCUUGCGCUAUGGCAUCGAGACCAUCUACCAGGCCAUGACUCACUUUGCCUGUCUGUCCUCUAAGUACAUGUUGUCUGGUAUUCCUGCUGUGAUGAGUACUCUGUUGGCCAACAUCAAUUCCUUCUACGCCCAUCCUACGGCCAUCACCAACGUCUCCGCAUGUGACCGCUUCAAUGCCUCCAACUUCGGGAAAGAUCGUUUUGUUAAGCUUCUUGAUCAGCUACACAACUCUCUUCGUAUUGACCUCUCCACAUACAGAAAUAACUUCCCAGCCAGUAGUAAGCCUCGUCUGCAGGACCUGACGUCUACUGUGGAUCUGCUGACUAGCAUCACCUUCUUCAGAAUGAAGGUGUUGGAACUUCAGAACCCCCCCAGGGCAGCCCAUGUGGUGAGAGACUGUGUGAAGGCCUGUGGUAACUCCACCUACGAGUACAUCUUUAACAACUGUAUAGACCUCUACAUGAGACAGUUCCAGCCCGCCCUAGAACCUGAGCCAGAAGAGACAGGGCCUACUAUCCACAACCUGGACUUCUGGCCGAAACUCAUCACCCUCAUCGUCUCCAUCAUAGAAGAAGACAAUAACUCCUACACACCCAUCAUUAAUCAGUUUCCUCAGGAGCUCAACGUGGGGAAGGUCAGUGGUGAGGUCAUGUGGACACUGUUCGCUCAGGACAUGAAGUAUGCCCUAGAAGAGCAUGAGAAGCACCGUCUGUGUAAGAGUGCUGACUACAUGAAUCUUCACUUCAAGGUCAAGUGGCUUUACAACGAGUAUGUGACCGACCUGCCUUCCUUCCAAGACACUGUACCAGAGUACUCUGCGUGGUUUUUGCCAUUUGUCCUUCAGUGGCUGGGUGAGAACGAGGACGUGUCCAUGGAGUUCAUGCAUGGAGCUCUAGAGAGGGACAAGAGGGAAGCGUUCCAGCAGACGUCGGAGCAUGCUCUGUUCUCCACUUCAGUAGUGGACAUCUUCACCCAGCUCAACCAGAGCUUUGAGAUCAUCAGGAAACUAGAGUGUCCAGACCUCAAGGUCCAGGCCCACUACAACAGACGCUUCGCCAAGACCAUCACCAAGGUGCUGAUGCAGUACUGUACUAUCCUGUCCAAGGAGUUCCCCUCCUACUGCCAGAAGGAGAAGAUACCCUGUGUGUUGAUGAAUAACAUACAACAGAUGCGGGUCUUGUUGGAGAAGAUGUUUGAGUGCAUGGGGGCUAAACAGCUGGACUCCGAGGCAGCGGACAUCUUGAAUGACCUGCAGCUCAAACUGACCACUGUCCUGGACAACCUGAGCUCCAUGUUUGGCAAGAGCUUCCAGGCCCGUAUGACUGUCUGCAUGCAUCAGGCGGCUGAGAUCCUGUACCAGAUCACAGGUCAUCCUAACCGCCAGACGGCUGAGGCCGACGCUGACAACAUGCUGAGUCCUCUCAUGGACUUCCUGGAUGGAAAUCUGAGUCUGUUUGCUGACACCUGUGAGAAGACGGUUCUGAAGAGAAUACUGAAGGAUCUGUGGAAGAUUGUUCUGAGCAGCUUGGAGAAGACCAUCAUCUUACCUCAGAGUAACAAUGGUUUCGGAGCUCAGAUUCUGACUGCUGCCAAGGGGCUGUCUAACCUGAAGGGAGGGGGCGAGGCCAAAAGCCUUACAACCAAACAGUGUGUCAUAAUGGAGGCUGCGCUGGAAACUAUUAAGCAAUACUUCCAUGCGGGCGGUAAUGGUCUGAAGAAGACCUAUGUGGAGAAGAGUCCUGAGCUGUCUAAGCUGAAAUACAUUCUGUCCCUCUACUCUCAGAGCACCGAUGCACUGAUUAAGACCUUUGUCACCACACAGCACACACAGGUUCAUAAUGAGAUGGGCAUCAGGAUUACUCCAAGUGAGAAGGUUUGGCCUGAAAGAGGUUCAGGAGCUGAGAUGUCUAUUGGUGAAGCCCAGAUCCAGAUAGACAUGGUGCCUCCAGGCAAAGACAAGGUCCACAAGGUCAACAUCAGAGUGAUAGCAGUGAAUGAUAUGAAGUGGCAGACAUCAGGGAUGUUCCGUCCCUUUGUGGAGGUCAAUAUGAUUGGUCCACUGCUCACUGCCCAGAAGAGGAAGUUCACCACCAAGUCAAAGAAUAACAGCUGGACAGCCAAGUACAACGAGGUCUUCCAAUUCAUCCUGGGUAAGGAGUCUCCAGACUGCUAUGAGCUGCAGGUGACGGUGAAGGACUACUGUUUCGGCCGGGCCGACCGUGUUGUGGGCGUGGCCGUGGUCCAGCUGAGGGAUGUAGCUGACAGGAAGUCAUGCGUGUGCUGGUGCCCACUGGGUAGAACCAUCCAGAAGGACGAGACCGGCGCGACGGUGAUGCGUAUCCUGUCUCAGCGGACGGCCGACGAGGUGGCCAAGGACUUUGUCAAACUGAAGGAUGAGACACGCCCUGUAGAGGAGGGGAGAUGA